AUGAAGUUGAAAAAAUUGAAAUCCAUUUUGGAUGGCGUCGAGACUUUUGACAGCCCGAACGUAGACUUGGAACAAUACCCCACACCCCCUGACAUCGCAGCUGAAAUGUUGCAUCAUGUAUUCUCAUCGGGCGACAUCGAAGGGAAAUUGAUUCUCGAUCUGGGUUGCGGGGGAGGCAUACUUUCUAUAGGGGCCUCGAUCCUUGGAGCGAGCCAAGUUGUGGCGAUCGACAUCGAUUCGGGCCCCUUGGAAAUUUUCCAGUCCAAUCUUGAGGAGUUCGAAGUGACGAACAUCUCCAUGUUACAAGCUAGCGUCUCGCACUUAUCAUCGAUGAUGAGAAUGAAGGCCGACACUGUCAUAAUGAACCCUCCAUUCGGUACCCGGAAUAAAGGAGCUGAUCUCAUGUUCCUCGAGAUAGCUUCUUCAUUGUGCUCUAAGCACAUCUAUUCCCUACACAAAACAUCGACGAGAGAGCAUCUGAUCCGGAAAGCCGAGAAACGCGGCUUGAAAUGCGAGGUCAUCGCCCAACUGCGGUACAACAUCGACAAGAUCUACGGUUUUCAUAAGAGGGACUCCCGAGAUAUUGAGGUGGAUUUCAUUAAAUGCUGGAACGCCCGUCCGACGUGAUCGAGCGCCUACUACCGGCUGGGUCGGUCACUCUGUACAGAAUCCUCUGUGAAAUACUAAAGACUCUGGAAUGUAGAUAUCGACACAGUCUUGCGAGUUCCUUCUGGGAGCCCCCUCGUGUCACCGAUGCAAUGACGGAUA